AUGGAACAGGAAAGCCCAACCGAAGACAUGCAGAAAUCAGAUGAAGUAUCAAAGCGAACAGCAAGGUCGAGGACGCCAACUGCGUGUUUACAAUGUCAGAAGAGAAAGCAAAAAUGUAGUAGAGAACAACCGUGUAGACAUUGUUCGAGAAGGUAUCCACCAGUGGACUGCAUCUAUACCUUUGAAGGGAAACAUAGCAUGGUGCAACCUCCAUCUCCGAAUAGGUUAUCUGUACUAGAUGACACCCCUGCAUCUUUCUAUGCAGAUCUAAAAAUCUCGGCGGGACGGCUUUCUACUAUUCCCUCUCAAAGCUACUCAAGCACAGUAUCAAACCAUGCAUACCAUCAAACACCUAACCAAAAUUCAAAAGAAAUAAAUAUGAGCUAUAUGCCCACGUUUGAUAUCACGAGCUCGGAGCCAUUCAAGUCCAAGUCUCCUUAUCAGGGAGUAUCGAGCGCUGCAAUACCUACCUCUGGAUCAUAUCCUGAAUCAGAAAUGGAAUCGAAUGAAUUGGACCUUCGACCCGUACCACAAGUUCCGACAAAUACACCAGAACAAAUUCCACUCUACGAUUAUAUGAAUGGUCCACAUCUAGAGACAGGAAGUUGGAAUCAACCUUCCGAAUCGAACACUAAUUCAGGAAUAGUUGGUUUCCAGAACUUCGGUCAGUCAUAUUUCACUCCAGCUCCAAUGCAGACCACAAACUCUGAUUCAUUUCAUGUCAAUCCCUCUCCUGCGUUUCAUCAAAGUUUUGGGUAUAAUGAAAUAUCAAAUUUGGACAAUUCGCUGGAUAUUGCGUUCUCGCCUGAAACGCCAGGUUGUCAAAAUCCAGAUUAUGGGGCAACGGGUGGGUAUUCUGGAUCUUACUACUAG